AUGGCCCGUCGCAAGUGGGGCCAGCGAACGUGGUCGCCAACAUCAUCAGGGGGCGGCGCCGCGCCGACGAAUGGUGUCAGUGCGCAAGAGGCGCUGCAGAUUGCGUACCGCCCGAUGCCGCCGUCGCAGACGGUUGAGUACGAGGAGGAUUUCGGUCACAACUUGAUGAUCCACCGUGAAUUCAUUUCCAAGCGGCACCGGGACCGCAUGAGUUUCGACAUGAGCGCGCUGGCGUACAGCGAGGUGGAGCUGCGCCGCGGCCGGCAGCAUCUCGCCGGCGUCAUGAACCGCGAGCGGCGUGGCGUCAGCGUUGGUGCUUCUGCCGCCCCCGCCGACCUGGUGCAGAUGCAGACGGACGUUGACCCGAACACGCGGGAGGUGGUGAGUGCGCGCUACCUCUUCAACGAGCGGCGCAUGCAGUUCUGUGACCGCUUUCAGAACUUCUUCCGCGAGCGGCUGGAGAGGGAGGCGACGGACGCGCAGCAUCUCUUCUCGCUGAUGGAGGCGUGCGCGGUGAUUUACGGGUGCGAGACGGACGCCGCGCGGGAAGCGUACUUCCACAUGUUCCUAGGCCUCGACCUCGACACGCUCGAGGCGGAGGAAGAGGCGCUGCGCAGCCGCAUAGCAGAAGCGAAACUCGUGCAGCAGACCCUCACGAUGGAAAGUGAAGAGCCUGGAAGCGACACAACGCUGCUGCAGCACACAAACACCGCCAGUAAUAAAGGCAGCGACGGCGGCAGCAGCAACGAGGACGCCAUCAUCGCCUCGGUUCCUGAACUUUCCCUCUUUGAUGAUCCCGACGAGGCGCCGCAGGGUGCAGCGGGAUCGAGUGCGGCGCCGCGCUCUGCUAUCCAGCUGCCGGAAGAGUUUGAGGAGUACGCGCCGCUCUACAAGGCGUACCUCGCGCACGCGAGGGGUGAGAGCCGCAUCGCGUCGUACGAUGUGUCGACGUUGGGCUCAACAGGCGUAACGUUGGAGCGCCGUCGCUGGCGUGCGCUGAUGGAGAAGAUAGUGAAAGAGGAUUAUCACACCAUGACGGAGACGGAGCAGAUGGAUGCGCUUGUUCUCAAUGAGCAGCUUCACACCGUGAAGUUCUUUGACCUAAAGGUGGGCGACACCGUGCGAGAGAUUCUGCAGCUGCUGCAGCGCGAGACGGGUGGCGGCUCUUCGGUGAACCGUGACACACCGCUUCACGUCUCGCCCAAUCACCCGGAGAGGCGAGUGUGA